ACAAGCUCUCAAAAUAAGCAAAACCGGAAACAGCAUGUAGGAGUCCUUGGUAAAGUGACAAUUAUUAAACAAAUUGCAAGAAAAUCUCAGAAAUGGCACACAACAGAGUUGUACAAUGGUCUACAAUGUCUCGAAUUUGGUGGCUGUAUGAUGCAAAAUAUCAGUGCCCCUUCAGGUCAGCAAGAAUUAUUGCAGGAUAUCUACAAGGGCAGCACAAACCAAUAUACCAUGCUCUGUCUGAUGUUGGAGACCAUGUAGUAGUUAUAAAUUCACGACACAUUGCGAUGAGAGAGGAGCUGUGGCGAACUUUUACCUUUAGUUAUCACACAGGGUAUGCAAAAGGCUUUUCAAGAACUCCAGCAUGGAGACUACAUUCAAUGGAACCUACCAUGAUGAUAGAGAAAGCAGUGUAUAGUAAUAUGCCUGGAUUUCUGUUGAGGAGGAAAUAUAUGAGACGACUUCAUAUUUAUCCUGAUGAGGAGGUCCCCCCAGAAAUCCUUGGCAAUGUGUGUGAUCAGAUCCAACAGAUACAAAAGGUUCCCAAACGGUUAGAUGAGUACACAGCAGAAGAAAUUCAGGCCUUCCCAAAACUGUUUGAUUGGAGUGAAGAAUAUGUUAUGGAAAAUAUCUCGGCAGACAAACCCAAAGAUACAGUGAAAGCCGCCAAGAAAUGAUGAAGAACUUUGUGUUACAUUGUAUGAGGAUGUGUAUAGUGAUGUGUAUUGUGUGAUGUGUAGUGAACGGGUGUGGUUGUGUGUUUGGGUGUGUAUUGUAGGAGUGUGUUUUGUUUUGUGCCAAAUAGGAUGAUUGAGCCUGAUAACGCUAUCAGUCUAUCUAGAAUGGCCACGACUGCUAUAUACUGGCUAUUGGCAACAGAUCUUUUUGUAUCAUUUGAGAAAAAUUAAUAAACAAAAUUGAUAAAUUCA